GAGUCCCGUAUUUGACAACUGAAUCCGGAAGUGUUUCGAACAGCGCUGGUUCAGUCUCGUCUCCUGGUGUCUGUUAGUUGGGUUUAGUUUUUAGUGACAAAAUGUCUAAGGAGUUGCCGGCAGUCAUUAACGGUCGUGAUUUUGAGGGUCAGAGGAGGUAUCCAGGAGGUUACACAGCAGACAGCGAGCAGAAUGACCUCCGGGCAAGAGCACAAAUGCAUGGCACUUCUAACACCAUGCCUCAGGCUGCAUCAGAUACAGUACCAGAGGCAGCCCAAGUGGAUGACUGCGAGAGGCUGGGCACUCUGUUUGGGAUGUUCAAUAAGUGCCUAAGAGGCAUCGGCUUCACACAGCUCUACUUUGGGGAAAAGAUCGUAGAGCCUAUGGUUGUGCUUCUCUUCUGGCUGCUACUCUGGUUCCUUGGCAUCCAGGCCCUGGGUCUCGUAGGAACUCUUUGUAUCAUCAUCAUAUACCUCCAAAAGUAGUUGCCUAAGAGGAAUGAAAUGAUUAUAUUCUUUGUGUCUUGGCAUGAUCUAAUACAGAUCAACAUAAUGAUUGUCCCUUUAUAAUGAACAGCAUUAUAACAUUUGAUGGGUUUAGUUUUCUCUCCUUCGUGAGCCUUAAUUGACUGCAUACAUAUACUGUGUCAUAGUAAAGUUGUUCAACCUUUAUAAAGUUUUUAUAUAGGAUUUAAUUGUUUGGAGGUUUAAAAACACUUCGUGCCAUUUUUAAUGGAGCAAAUCUGAAAGAGUUGAAAUAUAACACUUUUAUGUGGCACUGUAACUGAGUAUAGUACUAAGCAGGAAGUUUCAGAAAUCUGAUAUUGAAGGAUUUUUGUCAUCUAUGCACUAAUUUAGAUGUUUUUAAUAAGCAUGUUUUCUUAAAUAUCAAUUUGUAUUGACUGUUGAGUUACUUUCAUAAUUAGCAUGGAUGUUAAUGGGAAAAGCACUUUAAGAGGAAGAAAAUAUACUAUUUUACCUUUUCCCAUAAAAAUAAGAGACAUAUCAACCAUACUUUAUCUCGAAAAUGAAAUGUAUAGUUUUAUUUUUUUUGUUGAUGGUUUAUCUCAUUGCCUUUGUAGUUAUUUUUGUAGUGUGCAUUCUCUACACAAGCGCACUAGAGGGCAACACCUUCAUGCUCCCUAUUUCCUCGAAAGCAGAUCACAAAGUUAUCUCUUUGUAACAAAUAGUAAACUCUAAUUGAUAAAGGUUUAAAUGUACCAAAGCAUUGCAUGUCGUUCACAGUCAGGCAUGGAAACUGCGUGUAAAACAAAUGAUUCAUUCUUAAUAUUUAAGUGAACAGAGCCUUUUCAUUAUAGUGAGUGAGUGAGUGAGUGAGUGAGUGAGUGAGUGAGUGAGAGAGCAAGCGAGUGUGUGUGAGUGCGUGCGCAGUGCCCUGUGUUGGACAGUUGUACUAUUCAGAGUGUUUUCAUGUUGUGCUCCCACUGUUCCUGGGAUAAGGAUAGGGCUAGGGAUCCAUGCCAACCUGGAUCAGGAAUAUUCUAUAUUAAUGGAUGAAUGUAUAAUUCUCAAUAUUUUUAUCUUUCUGUAUCCUGCUGUAUAAUCCAAAGAUUCUUGCAUAACAUCAAGCAUUGCAAAUCUAAAAAUUAUU